AAGAAGAAGUUCAACCAAAAGUGCAAAGCAAUCCAGUAAAGAAUAGUCUUGGCCAAAAAAAACCCAAAGAUGAUGCAAGAAUAACAACAUUAAAGGACAAGAUGCAAGAAAUACAUUUAGACAUAGAGAGAAACCCAAAGAAGUACAAAGAAUCGACAAUCAGAAUUAUGAGAAAUCUCAAAAGAAUGGAAAAGGCAAGCAAGGAAAUCAAGAAAGGUAAAUGAUCAUAUUUAUUGAAUAUUUUUGUUUAAUAGUCAUAAAUAUCAAUUUUAACAAUACUAUUACUUUUGAAGGUGAAGCAAAAAAGAAAGAAAAAGGGCUAGUAGAAGAGAAAACUGUGGAAAAAGAAGGACAAGAAGGAAAAAAAGGGACUGAAAAAGAGAAAAGCCCUAAAGACAAAACUGUGGAAGAUGUCUUUCCAAAGACAACAAAUGUAGAAGAAGGACAAGAGGGAAAAAAAGAGCCUGAAAAGGAGAAAAUCCCUAAAGAGAAAACAGUGGAAGAUGAGUCUACAAAGACAACAGAUCCGAAAGCACAAAUUGCACCUGAUUUUGUUCAAAUUGAGGAUGAAACUCAUCUUCUAGAUCAAGAUGAUGAUAAAGUUUCCACAAAACUUAGUGAGGAGACAGCUCCAUCAUCACAAAAAAGUGAUCAGUCAACCAAAAUGAAAACAAGAUACAAAAUGGUUGCAAGGAAAAACAAAAACAAAAGCCCUGUUGUUGUGCCAAGUGGUAGAAUUACAAGGAGCCAAGGUAAUCAUAAUACUUUUCUGUUUCACAAUAAAUAUUACACUUUCAAAUAUACUAACAUAAAUUUUUUUAAAAACAAUAGAUGUUCUGUCAGAUGAAUCUGAAAAGGGAAGCCUGAAGAAGGAUGUUGAACCUGCUAAAGAAACCGCAAAAAUAGGACAGAAGAGAAGAAUGUCUACAAGGACUUCUCCUAUUCAAAAGGAAGUUGAUGCACC